AAUUUAUUUCUUUUUCAUGGUCAACACCUUCCAGAAUUUUUCCUCCCUAUUCACACCUUCCACUUUUCAAAAUCCGUAAAAAACCCAAUAUUUUAACAGACUGUUACGGCACCGUUAAAAAAUGCACUACGUUCCUCGUCGUGAGGAACCCAGAUCGGGUUCGUCACAAGGAACCCAACUCUGGGUUCGGCGAGGAACCAAGAUCGGGUUCCUCACCAGGAACCCAGAGGGUUCGAGCUGGGUUCCUCCCGAGGAACCCGAUCUGGGUUCCUCUGAGGAACCCGACUAUGGGUUCCUCGUCGUGAGGAACCCAAAUCGGGUUCCUCACAAGGAGAAGGGUCUAGUGCCAAAGAUUGAGACUUGUAAUGAUAUGUUGAGCUUGUUUCUGAAGUUGAAGAGAAAUGAGAGCACAUGGGUUUUGUAUGCUGAGAUGUUUAGGAUGAAGGUUAAGUCCACUCUUCAUACAUAUAAUACAAUGAUUAAUGUGCUGUGUAAAGGAGGGAAGUUGAAGAAGGCGAAGGAAUUCCUUGUCUUUAUGGAGAGUUUAGGGGUUAAGCCCAAUGUUGUUACUUAUAAUACGAUAAUUCAUGGGUAUUGUUCUAAAGGGAGGUACGAGGGUGCUCGCUUGGUUUUGAAUGCAAUGGUGGCCAAGGGUAUUGAACCUGAUUCGUACACAUAUGGUUCUCUUAUUAGUGGGAUGUGCAAAGAAAAAAGACUCGAGGGGGCAUCAGAGAUGUUCGAAAAGAUGAGAGAAAUAGGUUUGGUUCCCACUGUUGUGAACUACAACACUUUAAUUGAUGCUUACUGCAAUAAAGGGGAUCUAGAUAGGGCUUUUGUUUAUAGGGAUGAAAUGGUUAAGCAGUGUAUAAUGCCGACUGUAUCGACUUACAAUUUGUUAAUUCAUGCUCUCUUUAUGGAAGGGAAAAUGGUUGAAGCUGAUCAUUUGGUAAAAGAAAUCGAAGAUAAAGGAAUGGUUCUUGAUGAGAUAACAUAUAACAUUUUGAUUAAUGGAUACUGCAGGUGCAGCAAUGCUAAGAAAGCAUUUGAUCUCCCUGUGAGGAACCCGAUCUAGGUUCCUCGCCGAACCCAGAGUUGGGUUCCUUGUGAGGAACCCGAUUUGGGUUCCUCAUGACGAGGAACCCAGAGUCGGGUUCCUCAUGGGUUCCUCCCGAGGAACCCAGAUCGGGUUCCUCACAGGGAACCGAGCUUUGGGUUCUCCUGUUCUAAAUUUUUUUUUUUGUGGGGGAUGAUGCACUAAAAUCACCCUAACAAG